CGGGUGUUCAUUGGUGGCCGUGGAUACAAACUCAGAGUACUCGAAGCCAGCAACAGCAGCAGCAAUCUAUUCUUGUAUAUCAACAAAUAAAUAUCAAAUCAGAUAAUCAGAUCAGAUCAGAAUCAAUCAAUGGCGGUGAUUGGAGUUCCGAUAUGCGUGCAGUGCGGGACGAGGAGCAAUCCGUGCCGGUGCAAGGUGGUGGGGCCGACGCUGGGCUUCCUGGCCUUCGCGGCGGCGGCGCUGGUCGAGUGGCCCGUCGGCGCAUUCGUCUACUGCUUCCGCCACAUGAAGGGCCGCCGCAUCAUGGCGCAUCCCGCCGCCGUCGUCUAUCCCUCCGUUUCCAAUUCCAUUCCUAUUUAAUUAAUGAAGUUCUCACUCACUUUCUCUCUGACUUAAAUCGUGUAUGUUUCAAUAAUCACUGCUCGGUAAUUUAAUAAUAAUAAUAAUAAUACGACGUCGUUUCUCGUUA